AUGGCUCAAGAAUGGAAUAUCCGUUUCCCGACGCCGCCGGCGGUCAUUGAUAAUAUCCACUUGCAAAACAUCCAACUGCAUCUGCCAAUGGGCCCGGAUCCGUGGCAUCGAUCAGGGAAGCCACAACCAUGCACGGCAUCUAUGAAACUCUCAUAUUCGUCUGCGAUCGCUGCUGCGGCCGCUGAUGAUGUCUCACUCUCCCUCGACUAUGGCAAGCUGUACCGUUUCGUGGAACGUGAAGUUCGCGAUGGAGGCCGGUCUCAACUCCCCAUCAAAGAGAUGAUGGGGGUGGAUCUCAGUCAGAAGGAAGUCACAGGGGAGAUACUCCUGGGAGGAGAUGUGCGGAUUAUCGCAGGGCAGAUUGCAAACUGCGGUUUGACGUUACUGGACGAGACGGUGGCAGGUGUCCGAAGGAUGUCGCAUGUUCAUCAGAGCCCAACACGACAGAGACGUGGAAGUGAAGCUGGGAGAAGGAUGAGCAGUGGAGCAGUCGAUGCUCAGGCGCGAGCUCAGGCUGUGGCUCAGGCUGGAGCAGGCGCUGAACUUUUGGACGGAGAAUUCGGCCAGUGUGAAGUCUGGCUGCACCUUCCAAACGCGCUGCUACGAGCCGAGGAAGGUCUUAAGUACCGAUGCGUUAUGGUAUGGGGUUACAAGGAGAUCCCGGGACGUCAAGAGGAUGCUACAGCUAGUGAAAGGCGACCGAUGGUUCGGGAACAGGAAUUCCGGAUCGACGGAAUACGGUGUCACUGUAUCCUGGGAGUCAAUUCACAUGAAAGACUCGAGAAGCAAGCGGUCAUCGUGUCUCUCGAAUUCAGCGGCCCCGGACACCUCCCGUGGGCCAGCACGGUCGUCGAGACAUAUCCCCAGCUGACCAGAGUGGUCGCUGAGCGCGUCGAAGGUACAUCAUACCAGACUGUCGAGGCUCUCGCGACAUUUAUCGCACGGAUUGUCACCGUGGAGUUUGGCAAUGACAGAGUCACGGUCAAGGUGGAAAAGCCCAGCGCGCUCGCUUUUGUCGAGAGGGCCGGCGUGGAGAUCACCCGCUCUCGGGCGUUCUUCAUCUCGUAG